AUAAUAGCUAGCCAUAUCAGGUACUCGGACAAUUCGAUACAAACUUCUUUUCAUUUCUUAAGAAGAAGGUGUAAGAUAGAAUUGACAACUAAUAAAAUAGUAUAUAUAGUAAUGUCAACAAAUUGCUUACCCAAUUGUCAUAAGCAGAGUGUUAAAGCUGAAUAGCAGAUGAAGUUUCCCUCUGGAGCCAUGGGAAUAGUUAACAAUGUUGAUGAGAAGAGUGAAGAAUAAGAAAUUGAGAAGACUGAAGAUUAAAUGAGAUAAUCCAAGUCCAGCAACAACAGAUAGGUCUAAUCAUCAGGAAAUUAGCAUUAUAUAUAGGGUAUUUGUAACGUCUUUGUAUUUUGCAAGUAAGCCUGCAAUUUCUUAUCUCUAGUCUUCUUGGGUCCACUCUCACAAGUGCUAAACAAAAUUGUUGGAUUUUUCAGGUCAAUGAUUAUUAUCUUUCUGCAUCAUAACUAGUUUUGCAGCAUUUGAUACGUUACGCUCCUCUGUUCCAAUUCAAACUUCAAAGUUAUCAUCUUUUGACUGUUUGACAAUCAGGAAUACCUAACUCGCCAAAUGCCAAAUCCUUUUCCACAAGUUAAAAUGUAACAAUGGACUAUAUAUGCCAACACACUCGAGCAUCAAGCACCCAAUCAUUCUUUCCACAAAUCUGAGAAAAAGGAAUGGUGAACAUGAGUGAGGUAAGUCACCAAAGGAUCAAAACCAAUGGAAUAUGGAUGCACAUAGCAGAACAAGGGACAGGGCCUCUUGUGCUUCUUCUCCAUGGCUUCCCCGAAAUAUGGUACUCGUGGCGCCAUCAAAUUGGUUACUUGGCUAAACAUGGCUACCAUGUGGUUGCACCAGAUAUGAGAGGCUAUGGUGACACUGACUCACCUCUCAGCCCUAGCUCAUACUCUCUUCUUCACCUUGUUGGAGACCUUAUUGAUCUUCUUGACCAUUUUGGUCAACAACAGGCAUUUGUGGUGGGACAUGACUAUGGAGCUAUUGUUGCUUGGCAUCUGAGUCUGUUCCGGCCUGAUAGAGUCAAGGCAUUGGUUGCACUAUCUGCUCCGUACUUUGAACCAUCUUCAAGUAUCAGGAGUAUUGAAUCUUUCAGGCAAGGUUUUGGUGAAGGAUGUUAUGUUUGUCAGUUUCAGGAACCGGGAAGGGCAGAAAGAUCUUUUGCGAGAUAUGACUAUUUGACAGUGAUGAAGAAGUUCUUGCUGUAUAACAAGACAGAUUAUCUGGUAGCUCCACCUGGGAUGGAGCUUAUAGAUUAUCUGGAGACACCAGCAAAAUUGCCACCAUGGAUAACUGAGGAGGACCUCCAAGUCUAUGCUGAAAAGUUUGAGGAAUCUGGUUUCACUGGUGCUCUCAAUUAUUUUCGAACCCUUGAGUCGUACUGGGAGCUAAUGGGACCAUGGCGAGGAAAAAGGAUUAGUGUUCCAGCAAAGUUCAUUCUAGGUGACAAAGAUAUUGGUUAUGAUGCUCUGGGCACCGGAGAAUAUGUGAAAGGAGAUGUUUUCAAGAGUCUGGUACCGAACCUGGAAGUCGUAAUUUUAGAUGGUCACCAUUUUAUCCAGCAAGAGAAACCUCAGGAAGUCUCCCACGAAAUUCUCUCCUUCAUAAGCGAAUUUUCUACAGAAUAGAGUUUCUUUUAGUCUGAAUCAGAUUUUUCAGUAUCAAUACAAUGUAUGAGGAUUCUUAAUCUGUUUUAGAUUGAUGAGCAUUCCCGACUUACAUGUUUUA